GGUGUUUUUCUGAGAUAUUUGACAGAUUCUAAAGCUCUUUACACACCACAAAGAUGUUGGCUUCAAGCAGAUCAGCCCUCGCCUCCGCACGCCAGUGCAGGCAAAUGUCGCACGCAAGCAACAAACUCAGCGGUCAAGUGGCCGUCCUCACCGGCUCUACGGACGGCAUUGGUCUUGCGAUCGCGAAGCGCAUGGGCCAGGAGGGCGCGCGCGUGGUGGUAAGCAGCCGGCGGAGCCACAACGUGGAGCGCGCCGUGCAGGAGAUGCACGACCUCGGCUUGAAGGACGUGCUUGGCGUGCAGUGCAAUGUCGGCAAACCCGAGGACAGGCACAACUUGAUCGAUCAGGUUAGUGAACUGUUUACCCUUUGUUCGGAGUCAGUGUGGGACAAGCUCUUCGACAUUAAUGUGAAGAGCACGUGGGCGCUCACGAAACUCGUCGCGCCGCACAUGCAGAAGAAGAAGAAAGGGUCCAUCAUUUACGUAGGCAGCGUAGCGACCCUUGGCCAAAUCAUUCCUCACACUGCUCUGAGCGGCUACAUCGUCAGCAAGUCCUGCCUGCUGGCCAUGAGUAAAAUGGUCGCUCAGCAACUCGCUCCUGACAACGUGCGGGUGAACUGCCUCCUGCCUGGUCUCUUCAAAACCCGUUUUGGCGAAGUGUUGCACGCGGACGAAGAAAUCUACAACAGGAUGCUCCCGAGCAUACCUAUGCGCAGGGCCGGAGAGCCUCACGAGGCGGCAGGUAUGGCCGUCUUCUUGGCCUCGGACGACGCGUCCUACAUCACAGGGGAAAACUUCGCGGUUGGUGGCGGCAUGCCGUCUAGGCUCUAGAUUCUAGAAGCUCUAGACCAGGGGCUUCUUAACACAUUAACCGCCAGCAUAUGGCGUUCAUUGCAAGCUUGUUUUGUGCCACCGGUGGUACAACUUACAUGUAGCGGUUAAACUGUGAUAUGCGUAGGCAAGUGGGAGUCGUCGUACGCAAACCACCUUUCAGGAGGUACGCGAUCACAUGGUGUUUUGUGGAUGAUUUUAAUUAUUUUUGUUCAUCCACGAAAGAGUUCUCUGACAACCACUAAUAAUAAUAAUCUGAUAACGAUUUACAACUUUGCCACACUCUACCUAGCCAUUGGCAGCGGUGCAGAGUUAAAUUCAGAAAUUAUGCACAGAGAUGCUAUUACCAUGCAAAUGAUAAUAUAAAUAAGGUAGUAGGUAUAUCAGAAGUAGUUUGGGAAUUACAUCUUGCGACGGUCACGGCUUCAGCGAAAUCUGUCUAUAAUGGCCCAUACAUGACGGUUCUUUUAAUAUAUAUGUAUCACUAAAUAAAUGAACAUUGUAAUUUUCCUUAUUUUUGCUUGAAAAAUUGUCUCCAGCGGAUCUCGUUGAACUUGUUCUAUGCCCUUGCUUCAUCUCGACGCCAUUUCUUCCAGACACGUGAUCGUCAUAGUUGGAAGUGCAUUACAUGCAACCCAUUCAGAUCUUGUAACCAAGCAAAACACUUAAAUAACCCAUUAGCUGAAAUGAAUAUAUACUUUAAGAUAAACACAAGGACACCGACAAUUCCGGACAAUGCUUCACAACAUCCAGACUCAGAAAGUAGGUGUUUAAAAGUGAGCGCAAAUUAUCAGAGUUGAACUCGUGACCUAGCUACUCUAAUUUUAGUGCUGGAACUGAACAUUGCUCAAUGGUCAAUGUAUUUUCUUAUGGAAUUUAGCUAGAAGUGUGCCACGCUUGUUCGGCUAUGUCGCGCUCUAGAGUCUAGAUGAAUAAGCAAAAGAUGGCAAAACUUUUUCCAUUCUACAAGUUCGAUUGAUGACCAGCGAUUAAAUUUUCAAAAUUAUUUUCUUGCUCGUUUUUGCAAAUUAUUUGCUUGCUACAGACAAAUCACUCUAAUCUAUUAGCGUCAACGCUGCGUUUAUGCUGGAUACCCUUCUUAAUCAAACAUGCAGUACUAUGAAAAAUUAACAAGAUCGUAUCUUUGUCGCUCAUUCGAGGUGCCUCUCAUCUUAUGUUGUAGCAUACUCGUAAUUAACAUACUCGUAACAUAUCUGCAUAACGAUACUCGUAACAUAUCUGUAUAAUUUCAAGGCACAAUUGUAGGAUUAUUUUGGAAUCCCAUUGUGGCAUUAACGGCCCUAUUAUAGAGUUGUAUUGCAAUCCUACUGUGGGGUUAACGGCCCCAUAGCAGGAUUGUAGUAAAAUCCUUUUUCAGGAUUAACGGCCCAUUUACUCAGUCCGAAAAUUUGCACGCAGUUUUGUUCGACAGCAUGCGCUAACAAAAUUUUUUUCAAGGGGAGGGCUGAUCAUUCAAUCUACCAGACCAUUCUUUUUAUAUUAUAUACAGAAAAGUGGUACAAGGUGUCUCUCGAUUGCGGAGUCCUUGUCUUCAUACACUCGUAUAAAUAGUUUUGGUUUGGAAUAGUCAAAUAUGAUUUAGAUUCGACAACAAUAGCAACGUAAAGAAAG